AUGGCACGCACACACAGUGCAACCUCGAGCAGCCAUACCCAUCGACCCUCUCCACAACCAACAACUUCAACCUCGCCAUCACAAACCCGCUCACCCAAUUCAUUCUCGGACGCCACAAUCCACGAAACCCCCUCUCACCCCUCCCAAGCCCCCUUCAUCUCCCUCGCAGGUGUCCCAUCAACCCAACAACAGAACCCCAACAACACUGCGGGCGUCGUCUACCUUCACCCCGACUACCUGCGGUACAACCCGCAGUACGGGCAGAAGCACCAGAAUGGCCCCGUCUGGAGUCUGGCGAAUCCGCUCCCACACGUCGUGAGGAAUGGGAUGCGCGGAAACCAGUCGCAGCAGGAUUCUUCGAACGAAACCGGAGGCGGAAGCCCCGAGAAAAAUACCCCCCAGGCAAUCGAACAGGACCAAGAUCACCCAAACAUAAAUACUUCCCGCGACGCCGCAGCGGACGAACCGCCAACAUUCAACCCACAAGACCGCGGCGAAACCUCCGAAAAGCACCAGGCCCAAGAAUCCACACCCGACAACCGCUCGCACUUCAACACCUGGGCGGAAUGGCGCCACUACAUCCGCCAAGAACUCGCCGAGUGGCUCGGGGUCACCGUCGCAAUGACACUGGGUCUCUGCGCCGGACUCUCAACAUUCACAUCGCAGAACCAGGCAGGCACGUUCCCUUCCCUCGCGGCAGCCUGGGGGUUCGCGUUUAUGAUUGCGAUUUAUGUCGCCGGCGGCGUGUCCGGUGGACACCUCAAUCCGGCGAUUACGAUUUCCAUGGCUGUUUGGCGCGGGUUCCCGACGAGGAGAUGUUUCACGUAUAUCCUCGCGCAGGUCCUGGGGGCCAUCACAGCGAGCGGGAUCGCGUACGCGAUAUAUCACGACUCGAUUGUGAAUUCCGCCAACAUGGACGCCGUCCCGCAGGCACAGUCGGCCGCGAAGCAGGCGAUGGUUACUGUACCAAAGGAAUUCGUGCAUCCCGUCGCGGCCUUUUUCACGGAAUUCAUCGGGACAGCCAUCCUUCUCGGCGUGAUCAUGGCACUAGGCGAUGACACGAAUGCGCCCCCCGGGGCCGGAAUGCAAGCGUUCAUCAUCGGCCUGCUCAUCACCGUCCUUGUCCUCGCGAUGGGCUACACAACAGGCGGGUGCUUUAACCCGGCGCGGGACUUAGGCGGCCGCCUUGUAACCGUCAUGGCCGGGUGGGGAGGGGAUAUGUUUACAGAGUAUCAUGCGUGGUGGGUUUGGGGACCGUGGGUGGCGGAUAUUGCGGGUGGGCUUUUUGGGGGGUUCGUUUAUGAUCUGGUAAUAUUUACGGGCGGUGAGAGCCCUAUUAAUUAUCCGGCACGGCGCAGAAAGAGGGCGUUGUUGCUCAAGGAGAGGAAUUUGAGGAAGAAGGCGCAUUUGGGCAGGAGGAAGGUGCCGGAUCUCGAGAGGGCGGCCGAUGAGUUUGCGUAA